CUUGGUUUUCACUCACCUCAACGCAGCGCAAAGAUUAAAAAAUGGCCUUCGCUGGUGUCCUCAAUGAUGCUGAAGUCAAAGCAGCUCUGGAUGGCUGCGCAGCUGCUGACUCCUUCGACUACAAGAAGUUCUUCAAGGCAUGCGGUCUGGCCGGCAAGUCCGCAGAUGAAGUCAAGAAGGCCUUCGCCAUCAUCGACCAGGACAACAGCGGCUUCAUUGAGGAGGAGGAGCUGAAGCUGUUCCUGCAGAACUUCUCUGCUGGUGCCAGAGCACUCACCGACAAGGAGACCAAGGCUUUCCUCGCCGCUGGUGACAGUGACGGUGAUGGCAAGAUCGGCGUUGAUGAGUUUGCUGCCCUUGUAAAGGCAUAAAUUUCCAUUGACCAAGAUCCACUUCCUUUCAUGGAACUGCGACCUCCUUGCAAGAUUCAGUAUUCAUCAGCUGAAAGAAUAUUUUUUAUACCUUAUUUAUGAGUUGCCUGCGGAUUAUUUCUCAGCAUGGAACACAUAUUUUAUUGCUAAUAUAAAAGCCAUGUGUUAUAUGUUCUGAAAAAUGACUUGUGCAAAC